AUGAUGAUACAAAAACUUUGGAAAGUCAAAAUAACAUGGGACGAUCCGGUUCCACUGCAUAUUCGUUUAUCGUGGCUAGAAUUGAGAGAACUAUUACCCCUUUUAAAUAAAAUGAAGUUUGAUCGAUGUGUAAUUACAAAAGAUUCACGUGACAUCCAAAUUCAUGGCUUUUGUGACGCCAGUGAAACAGGUUACGGGGCCUGUCUGUAUUUGCAAUCAACAGACAAUGAAGGGAUGCACCAUUCGUCCUUUUUAUGUUCCAAAUCUCGAGUUGCGCCAGUGCAAACAGUUUCAAUACCUAGACUGGAACUAUGUGCGGCCUUGUUGUUGGUACGUCUCUACACAUCUACUCGCAAGGCUUUGCAACAUCUUACGAUUAGUCCAUAUGUUUUUUGGUCCGAUUCUACAGUGACUCUUCACUGGAUCAAUUCAUCUCCACACUCGUUGAAAACCUUUGUAUCAAACUGCGUUGUUCAAAUCCAAGAAGACACUUAA